AUGUCCCCUUUUCGAUUAGUUUAUGGUAAACCAUGUCAUCUACCUGCUGAACUAGAGCACAGGGCCUUUUGGGCUGUCAAGAAGUGUAACAUACGGAUGGAUGACAUGGGAGUUCUAAGGAAGCUACAACUUCAAGAAUUAGAGGAAAUCGGAAACGAUGCAUACGAGAGCUCUAAGAUCUACAAGGAGUGGACCAAGUUGUUUCCCGGUAAGCUUAGAUCACGGUGGGUUGGUCCUUUCAUAGUUGUUAAGGUUUAUGCCCAUGGAGCAGUCGAUAUUGAAAGCCCGAAAACGGGUAAGUCGUUUAAGGUGAACGGGCAUAGAUUGAAACCUUUUUAUGAAGGUUUUCAGUCUACGGACGUUGAUGUUAUGGCUCUUGAGCCACCGCCCGUUGUUAGUUAG